AUGGCAAAAAGUGCUUUGCUUCUUAGUAACAUAAACAGUAGUGUGAAAAGUAAGAUAGCUUCUGUGCAGAUAGAGAAGGUAGAUGGGGUGGAAGAAGUCGCUUUCGACGAGAACUCUGCAACCAUAUUGUUCAAUGACAGUAUAAUUGACGCGAACAGAUUAGUAGCAAUUAUAAACAGCAUCAAAGAUAUGGAUGGAGAAUUCCAGGAGGAAGACAAAGCAGAAAAGGACAGCUCAUUAAAGGAAUUGGUUCAUCGUGAAAAUGUCGAAGAUAUAAACACGUUUACCUUCUAUCAGAAGGGAAAGCACACAAAAAAUGACCACCACAAUGGAUAUGGGAAAAAUAUCGUUUUGGAAAAAAAUAUGAAUAAAGGGGUCAACUCGAGGAAGUUGUCCAAUAGGCAUGGAUAUGUGACUUUAGCAAAAGCACACAGUGUUGGUGAGGGCGUUAACGGUGGUGACAAUGAUGAAAACCGGGGGAAUGGAAAAAUAAGCCAACAGUUUAGUAGUGGGUAUGCGCGGAAUUUGUCUGAAGAGGGUUAUCAAGAUAUUUAUAGGAAGGGCGUGGAUGACGGGGUAGGUGACGGAGUGGGUGGUGAUGCGCAUGAUGUGCAGACCGACGAGUGUUCUGGUAAACGCUGCACUAACGUUAGGGAUAACACCUUGAGCGAUGUCUUUAACGAAAGAGGAGGCACAAAGGCCGGCGCACAGCAAUGCUCAGGCAACAAGGCCCAAGUGAAAGGUGAACAUGGAAGUAAUGAAGAGCUCGCUCAUAGCGAAAACAUUGGCGCCCUCCAGUCGGUUUACCAAACAAAAAGCAAGAAACAGCAUUGUAAGAAGCAGGUGAUGGAGCAGUCGAACCGUCAAUGCGCAAGGAAGGACCGAUGUAAGAAGGGAGAGACGUGCGAGGACAAGCAGGCACAGUUACGUAAGGGAGAUUCAUUCCAAAGUGGAAGAAGCCGGGCAGGAAACAUCUUCCAAGAUUAUGAAACCUACAGAGGGAAAAAAGAAAAUAUAUACAUUUGCGAAUUGAGAAUUUAUGACAUGACCUGUGACAACUGUGGAAAUAAAAUUAUUAAUUUUUUAAAAGACAAAAAUUUAAUCAUAGAUGGAAUAAGUGUUGCAACAGAUAGUAAAGUCAAAUUAAAAUUGAAUGUGUCUGAAGUGGAUUCCAAUCAGCUAAGCAGCGGUUCUAACUACCAAAGUAGCGAUAACAAUAGUGUAAAAAAUUUCGUGAACCAAAUAAUUAAUGAAGUAAAGGAGAGCGGAUUUAAUAACGACUUGAUAGACUUGUACAAGGAUGAAGAUAACAAUAAUAAGGGUAUCCUGUUUGACAUUACUUUGUAUGUAUUCAGGGACGACGUGAUAAAGGCCUAUAGCUUGUUGAAGAAUAUGAAGGGAAUUAAAAAUGUAGAGUAUGAUGUAAAGCAUGAGUAUGUUUACAUUUCUUAUAACCCAGAUGUGGUUGGUAUUAGGUUCAUUUUGGAAUGUUUAAAAAAGAAGAAAAAUAUCGACGCUUACUAUGAUGAAGACAAAGAAAAAUUUUUUAGAAGCACAAGAAAUAACGAAAUGAAUAAUUCUCGUAAAUUAAUUGAACUUUUGUGUUGCUUUUUUUUGAGCAUUGCCAUUAUAGUCCUUAAUAAUUACCAAAUGAAUAUGGGUUCAAUGAAUGGCUUUUAUUCCUAUGGCAAUUACAAGAAUUACGUGAAUAUGUUUAAUUUUUUACAUUUUAGAAAUGAGAAAGGUGAUUUUUUUGAGGAACAAUUUACACAUGUGUCGUCUUCUCAGUCGAAUGGGGGGGAGAACAAUGUUUUUGCUGCUCCUUCUUUCACCGAAAUGUAUUUUCCACAUGGGGAAGAGGGACAGGGGAUGACCACGACGGAUGGAACUGCACCUCCAUCGGUUUUCACUUCUGAUGUGGGCGGCCAUUGGACAAAGGGGGAGUUCCAAGAGGUUGCAUCAAGUCAUGGGAAGAAGAUGCACACAGAGAAGAAACGCAGCCCCGAUGAAACUGCGUUUGAUGAGAAGGAAGGCAAUGAGGAAGACUACUCUAGCAUUGUGUACGCUGAACCCAUUGAUGUUAACAUGGCUCAAGGUAAGGAAGUCAGUAAGGAGGUAGACCAUUUGGAUGAAGAUACCGCAGAAGCGAAACAUGGAGAAGGAGUGCACGCUACAGCUGACAAAUCUGAAGAGACAAACACGAUGGCGAAACAAACGAAAGAACUCGAGCAGGAUAGAUUAUUCGCGUCUAACAAAUUACAAUCAGAAAUUUAUGUGGAACAUCCUGUGCAUGGUGACCAAGGCGCGGAGGAUGCUUUGGGGAAGAAGGCGAACACUUCGAAGAAGAUUGUUACGAACUCUAAGUACUAUCAGCAGGCUUCUUCAAAUGGUAAAGAUAUUGAAAAGGGAAGUAUGACCGAGAUUGGCGAGGUGGAUUUUUUGUUUGACUUUCGACGGGAUGACAAGGAGAAAAAAGAGGUAAAGGCGGGGAAAGGUGCUGGAACGUCUAACGAGGUAGCAGCGUCUUCUGAAGGCACCGUACUCAGGAAGGACCCUCAUCUCAGGGGAGACUCCCUGGCACACUUUCAGGCCCGCUUCAACAAAGGCGCAAGUGCGAAGGGGAAAGCCGUAAAUGCCGGAAAGGAAGUGAAAAUGGGGUCUUCUAAAGAGGAAAACAUUGAAGGAAAGGAAGAAGAACAAAGUUAUAAAAUGGCUAAAGGGAAGAAGCCGAAGGAGGAAACAAAGGGGAAUACCAAGGAGGAAGAAUUAUUGAAAAGGGAGUCCCGUUUUUAUGAGAACAAUUCACCGAGUCCUGUGGCUAAUACAGGGUUAAGGUCGUACCUGGACAAUAAAAUAUUUGGAACCCUUCCGCUGAGGUUAUUCUUUAUUUUUUUACUAAGUUCCAUUGUUUACAUUUAUUUCGGAUUUCAUUUUGUUUUAAAUGGAUACAAGAAUUUAAAGAAUGGAAUAAUCAGCAUGAACGUUUUAAUAUCAAUCAGUUCCUCGUUUUCCUACAUUUACUCUCUGCUCCUUUUGCUCUUCUGCGUAUUUUUUUCUAUUGACUUGGAUGGUAUUCCACUCUACUUCGACUCGUCCGCCUUGCUAAUAUGUAUUAUGAAAUUAGGGUUCGAAAUUGAAAACUUUUUAGUAAGUUUUACGAAAAAGAAAAUAGAAGAUUUAUACGAGAAGAACACCAAUCAUGUGUACAUACUGGAGGAGAAGAAUGACAAAUCGGAAGAUACUCAAUUAAUGAAGCAGCUAAGUAAUUGUACUAUUACGAGUUCGCAAAAUGGGAAAGACAAUGGGGCCCCUCAUAAUCAUUGCAACUUGAGUGGCAAUCGAAAUGUGUCCCCCAUUAGUAAUGGCGCUAUGUCUCUGGUUGGAAGCAGUGCACGGUCUGACCUUUGCAAGAAUAGUUCUCAGUGUUCGAGUAGAGAGUUUAAGGUAGAGGAAGGAAGAGGUGGAGAUGAUUCCCCUUGGAACAGGCACACCCUCCCUGUCCAAGAACGAAAAGGAAUAGAUAUAAAUAAAUUAUUUUGUGAAGACAAAAAGAUUAAUAUAAACGAUUUUAUGAUAAAUAGUUACCCAGUCCAAUUUAUCCAAAAGCAUGACAUUUUGGUUUUCUACGAAGGGGCCACGUUACUAAUUGAUGGGAUCAAGAUAAACGAUGAUAUCUCGUAUGUGGACGAAAGUAUGAUAAGUGGGGAGAAAAAACCCAUUACCAAAUUUAAAGGAGACAAAAUAUAUGCAGGGUCUAAAUGUGUACAGGGGAUCAUAAUUCUUUUUAUUGAUGACAUUUCAAAGGGGAAUUAUAUUGAAUAUGUUAAGAAAACAUUAGACGAAGUGAAUUGCAAAAAAACGAAUUUACAAUUAUAUGCAGAUAAAAUAGCCAGUAUAUUUAUUCCAUUCAUUUUGGGGUUAUGCAUUGUCGUAUUUUUCAUUUGGUUUUUCCUAACCUAUUUUGAUUAUGUAAAUAUAAGGAGGGAUAAUUAUUUUAAGCUAAACAGAUUUUUAUCGUGUGUAUUUUUCUCCAUACAUUUUUCCUUAUCAAUUUUAUGUGUGGCUUGUCCGUGUGCCGUUGGGUUAGCGAGUCCUCUGUCCAUUGCCAUCAGCUCUUACAUAUGUAGCAGCCUUGGAAUUAUAUUAAAAAAUAUAAACAUCUUUGAAAUAUUCCUCGAAUGUAAUCAUUUCAUUUUUGACAAGACGGGUACACUAACAGUUGGGAAGCCAGUGGUCAAUAAAGUGUACGUUUCUUCCAAUUUAGACCUCUUCAUAUACCAGUUGUUGAAAAGUGUAUCGAAGAACAAGCUUGUUGUAAAAUUUGGGCAAGAUCAUAUGGGCAGUGGGUUGGAUUACCCCUCUAGCGAUGACCGCCAUGUUACCAAUUUGCAUUUGAACGCGAGUGAAGAGAAGAAUAGAGAAGCACAGAAAAGUGAAGCCACUGGGGGUGACAUCAGUGGAGUGAAUGUGUACAGUCGUUUAUGUGAUAGUUCCGAUGGAGGGGAACAUGUUGAGAAUGUGGACAAGAGGGCAAAAAAUAAAGGAGGCUUUUCGCACGACUCCGGUGCCUAUGUGGGGGAUAUCCCGAGUAAGAACAAACAGGGAAACCAAGUGGGUAUAAAGGAGGACAGCUGUGCGCCAAACGGAGGCAGUUUCCCUGAAGAGCACAAGAAUAACUGGCAAGAAAAUGACACAAAUUAUAGUGCUAAUAAUAAGACCUUAAAUUUUAUAGAAAGCAUUCACUGCUCAGGGAAAGAUGUCACCUUCUAUGCCUUCACGACCCAAAAGGACUAUUACAAAAUUGAAAUAAAAAAAUCGGUGAUGAGGAGAGAGGACAGAAACAGUAUGAGGGGUUCCGACGAUACGGAUAUCCCCUGCAGUGGAAAAAAAUCCAUCUUCAAUCGCCUAAUGACAUUUAUAAAUGAUAAAAGGAAGAAAAAUAAAUAUAACCAGAUAGGAGAUAAUUCCCUGAAGGAGUAUUUUAUAAACAAUCCGGACGUGUCCAUGUCUUCACAUGACGAUUCUUAUACGAGUGAAACGAGUAGCGAUAAUAAUGGCACUAGCAUUACUGGUACACAUCAAGAUGGAAAACUGCCAUACGGUGUUGAGCUCAAACAAAAUGUUGAUGACCCAUUUGAUAGUGAAAACAAUUUGAGUCAGAAUAUUACCAACUGGUUAUACCUGUUUUUAAGUUUAAGUGCAAAUUUGGAAAAGUAUAGUAACCAUUUAUACGCGACAUCAAUAAAUUCCUUUAUAAACUCUAAUUUUUGCAUUAAUGAAACAUUUGAAGUGCAAAAUUUGAAGAAUGAGAAAAGUCAGGGAAUUACUGGAGUAGUAAAAGACCUAUCGGUUAGCAUUGGCACUCUGUACUACUGCUAUACAAAGUAUAAAAACACACAUUGUCGACAGGCAGCAGAGAGUGUUGAUGAAAAAUUGAAUAUCAAGAAUUUAGAGGCCCAUCUGUACUCCUGUGAUUGUAAAGUACACAAGACUUAUCAGUACCUGUACAAUUAUUCCAAUAGCAAAAAAAACGAAAGUAAUAAUAUUAUUUUUAUGUGUAUAGAAGGAAUAAUCGUCGGGUUUUUUACCCUCGUUGAUGACAUAAAACCGGAAGUUUUUGAUUUGAUUAGAUACCUGAAGAGGGAACGCAAAAAAGUGUACGUCUGUACUGGUGAUAAUUAUGUGAACGCUCUUUACAUUUCCAAAAUUUUGGGAAUAUCAAAAAAGAAUGUAUCCUCGAAUACGUUGCCUAUGGAGAAGGUCCACUUUGUGAAGAAGAUACAGGCACUCGAUAGUGGAAAAGUUUGCAUGAUCGGAGACGGAAUAAACGACUGCUUUGCUCUGAAGAGCGCGGACCUAGGGCUAUCCCUGAGCACGAGAUCGAACGUGGUCAUGGACAGCGCCGACGCAUGCAUCGUCGACAACGACAUAAGCGUCAUAAAGAAGUUGUUUGAAAUAAGCAGAAAAACCUUGAUAGUGAUCAAAUUCAACUUUUUGUUUUCCUUCCUCAUCAACGUCUUUUUUAUUCUCUUGGCAAGUGGGUCGUUCUACGCCCUCAACUACGUCUUUUCGCCUUUUCUGUUUACCUUUUUGAUGUUUUGCAGCUCUAUCAUUGUGAUCCUCUCCUCCUUGUCUUUGAAAUUGUAG